CCUCUCCUCGAUCUUCAUGCAGGCCAACAACUUCAGUUACCAUCAGCCAAAGCCACGAUGGACUGAUCACGGCCCACUCGUCGUUGCGUUCCAAUUUCGUACACUACGCAGUACUCGGGAAUGAUCGACGACACAGUGGAUGCGCUCACGAGUCGCGCCAACUCAACAACUUUACUAGCCAUGGCAUGCUUGCGCAACGCCGGGGUGCCAAGAGGCCAUGAUACAAGGCCAACCGCGGCACGUCGCUAGUUUCCCCCCAACACGCCAUAAUACCUAUGGUAUAAGAUGGCCAACAUCAGAAAGAAGAACGUAUCCAUCAGCACCGGCAACGCCAUCUACGCCAACGUCGACCGUGCCAGAUACAACCUCUACAAGAUUGUCAUCCCCCGCAACCCCAAGGCCGGCUGGUACCACUUGACCGACGAUGACAAACAAAUCCCCGUGGACCGCAACGACUUCAGCGUCACCCUCUCAACCGGCGAAAAGAUCCAGUUCGACCUAGCCUACAUCAGCAUUCACGGCAACCCAGGCGAGAACGGCGUGCUGCAGGGCUACUUCGACAUGCUCGGCCUCCCCUACACAAGCUGCGGCUUCUACACCUCGGCUCUAACCGCCAACAAGGGCCACUGCAACCCCGUAGUCCGCAGCUUCGGCAUCGUGGAGGUGGCCAAGUCCCGCCUGCUUCAUCGCAACCAAAUCAGCGCCCUCGACCCUGAAGCUCUGCUGUUCGAUUUCGAGCUGCCCGUCUUCGUCAAGCCCGCGUCGGGAGGCAGCAGCGUGGCCACUACCAAAGUCAAGAGCCGCGAGCAGGUGGUCCAAGCAGUCGAAGACGCCAUGCGCGAGGACGGCAACGGCCAAGUGUUGGUGGAGGAGUUCAUCGAGGGCCGCGAGUUCAACUGUGGCGUGAUUCGCGAUGCGGAAGGCUGGCUGCACGUGUUCCCCAUUACCGAAGUUAUCCCCCACGGCGACAGCGAGUACUUUGACUACAAUGCCAAGUACAAUGGGUCGUCGAGCAAGGUGACGCCUGCCGAGGUGGAGACGCAGGUCAGCGACCGCAUCAAGGAUGUAUCGACGAUGCUGUAUGAUCUCCUCGACUGUCGUGGCGUAGUACGCUUCGAUUACAGGUACAACCCCGAGCUGUAUGCGUUGUACUUUCUUGAAGUCAACACGAUACCUGGCCAGACGCCGGAGAGCAUAGUACCGCAGCAGGCGCGCGCCGCCGGUAUUAGCACUGCUGACCUCUAUCAUAUGGUGAUCGAGUGUGCCCUGGCAGCGGCCUCGCGAUGAGCUACGGAUGGAGGACUGUAGAUAGAUUGAUAUUGAGCACGCAGGCAGUAGAGGACAGUUCUUGUGCUAGCCUACAUCUCCCGCUUGUCAUAUUCACUUGCUCUCUUUGGCCCUCUGUCCUUACUCGGUUACAUACUAUUUCCCUUGGGUAUUUCCUUCUAAUUAUGACACGCUACACGUACUUUACUUGAGGCACGCCCUACACACGCCCACUCACCCUACAAGCUAUUUUCCCCCCAUGUGGGUUGAUAACAGCUGAUAUUUUCGCCUGAUGUCCAGUUCAUAAUUUCAUAGUCCUCACCCAUAAAAACUCGAUCCCCAGGUGCAAAGAGUGUCCAUUUCCUUCCUCGAUAGGUACCCAUCUAACCCCCCAAAGCUACCUUCAUGCUCCUUCCUUCCUUCUCUCCCAUAGUCCCAUAGUCCCAUUCGCGCGUCAACACCAAUCGAAUCAAUCCAGUCCAGUCCAGCUGGCUCCAAACCAACCUAAC